AAAGCUGAAUCAUGUUCAAUGUAAUAUCGCACUAUGGAGUUAUAUCCGAUCGCUGGUGCCACUGCUACUGCAAAGGACAAAGUGGUAGUGAUCUGCAGAUCAACACGGACUCCAUGACCAAUUACGGAGUAAUGACGAUGUACAAUUGCAAAGGCAAACAAAAUCAGCAAACACGGAAGAUAAAAUACGUAAUUAACUACGGAGUUUUGGUGCUGCACAAGUGCUCUUGCAAUUCGCAGGUGCUGCGUAUCAUCGAUUUGUAUAACUACGGAGUAGUGAUUUACUGUUUGAGUUACUGCAAAUUGGGUAAAGAAAAUGUGCCCAAUGCGAUUCGAGACCAGGAAAAUCCGAACAAAAUCGGUUUCUCGGAAGUCACUUUGUCUUGCCAGCGAAAAGCCACGGAGGUUUCUCCACUAAAACAACUGAAUUUUAAUGAUCUGAUUAGUCUGACUAAUCGCCAAAAGGAAAAAAUCUUCAUCACUCUAAACACUCUAUGGAAACAUCAAAUGGAAAACCUUACACUACCUACAAAUACAUUAAAUCAAAACGGCUUAAUUACACCAAACAAUCCAAUAAAGCAUCCAAUGGAAACGUCUACUGGAAUCACGGAUAAUCCACAAACUCAUCAGGUUGUAUCUACGGAGCGUCCGGAAAAGAUUGUCAGACGUGAUUUAAAUAUCUCAACAAAUGUAUUAAAGCGGUCAAUGGGAACAGCAGGUAAUCCCCGUAAAAAGCUACUCUUGACAUUACAAAUGUGCAACGGAUGCGCCAAAGGAUUGCAAGAGUAUAUAAACGAUGCCCGAUUCGCAACUUUGAAAGAAAAAAUUACAAAAUUGCGGUGCCAGUACUGCUAUUACCUUAAGGAUAAGCCUUUAAAGUGGUCAAAAUGUUCUUACAAAUCGAGUUUUACUGGUCACCAUGCAACUUGCUUUUAUCCCAUGGCCACCAAAUAUUACCUAAAUCUAUGCUUGACAGGCCAUCAUUGCAGUUGCUAA